CAAACCGGUUUCGUCACCAUCUUGCUAGACCGGUGCAGGAAAUACAUUGCAUCUUCGAGAUUCUUGCUGAUAUAGUAUCUUGCAUUUCGUAAUCUGUUGCAUGACACUGACCAAUGGAAAGGCAGUCUUUUGAUCAUGAUGACAACGCCUCUACAUUCCGUUGGAGGAUCAAAGUACGCACUCGUGUGAGCUUCUCUCACUCUAGACUUUGCCGCGCCACAGUUCAAGCAGAAAUCGAGAUCGAUGGAGCCUAAGAAGUCCGCAUUGGUUCGAAUCGUUCUCCGAAUUUUUGGUCUGGUGUUCGGUGUAGUCGUUCUCGGUUGCAUUGCAGACAAGCUCUACGUGUCACCAGUUUCCGGUUUCUCUAAAGUGUGCUAUUUUAACAGAAAAGAUGCCGCUUGCGACUUUGGUAUCGCUUGUGGCGCGCUGGCUCUCGUCCUAGCCAUCAUCUUCUGUGUUUUGGACCUCGUGACGGACGUCAUGGGGAAUGCAGAGCAAGCUCGUCGACCCGCAAUCAUUGCAGGCAGCGCGCUCGCCAUCGUCAUGGGAAUCAUGUGGCUUGCUUGUUUCGGUUACUUGACCAAACUGUGGGUCGAUGUUGAUGGCAAUGACUUUGUGGAUGAGAUCAAGAUUCCAGGGCAAGCUACCCUAGGUUUCAGCUUUCUGUCUAUUCCUAUAUGGUUUGCUGUUGCUAUUUUUGGCUUUGUCGCUCUACGAGGUGGUGCCACCUCCUGAAUGAAGUUCAAGUUGCAAUGAAACUGACAUCACUGCUUUUGGCAACUUUUGCUGCUUUUACAUGUAUAAGCAACGAACCUUUUUUCUGCUUUUGCUACUUGUCUGCAUGGUUUUGCUUGAGUUCGCGGGUGUAGCACAUCUUUUUGCCUCAAUAUCAAACUGCUCAAUUAAUU